AGUCGCGCUCCCGGCUCGCUUAGAGGCGGCCGGGACGAGCCGCCGAUAAACGGGGCCGCCCGUCCGCUUUUCGGUUCUCUUCCUUCCUCCCGUAGGCGCGGGGAAAGAGCGGGAUCGGCCGGUCCGACGGGGCCGCGGUUCCUCAGGCGGGGAGCGCGUGCACGCGUCCGCGGGGGGGAGGUGGCGGCGGCGGCGCGCUCCCGCCUGGCGCGCCCCCCGCCUGGCGUCCGGCGCAUGCGCCGUGCGGGCCGGCCCGUCUCCUCCCGCGUCGGCGGUGGGCGCCGCGGCCGGUCCUGGUCCCCGCGGACGCCGUGGUCGCCGUGGUCGCCGUGGUCGCCGUGGUCGCAGGCCCCAUGGUGGGGUUCGGGGCCAACCGGCGGUCCGGCCGCCUGCCCUCCCUGCUGCUGCUGGGGCUGCUGGUGGCCGUGGCCGUGCUGGCCUUCAACUACUGGAGCGUGUCGUCCCGCCACGUCCUGCUGCAGGAGGAGGUGGCCGAGCUGCAGGGCCAGGUGCAGCGCACCGAGGUGGCCCGCGGCCGCCUGGAGAAGCGCAACUCCGACCUGCUGCUCCUCGUCGACUCGCACAAGAAGCAGAUGGACGUGAAGGAGGCCGACUGCGGCCGCCUCAGCGGACAGCUGCAGGCCCGAGAGGGACAGGGCCGGAGGUGCGAGGAGGACAAGGUCAAGUUGCAGAACAAUAUAUCGUAUCAGAUGGCAGACAUCCAUCGUCUAAAAGAGCAACUUGCCGAGCUACGCCAGGAGUUCCUCCGCCAAGAGGACCAGCUUCAUGACUUCAAGAAGAACAACACUUACCUUGGGAGGAGGCUGGAGUAUGAGAGUUUUCAGUGUGGACAGCAGAUCAAGGAACUCCGGGCUCAGCAUGAAGAAAAUAUUAAGAAGCUGGCGGACCAGUUUUUGAAAGAACAAAAGCAGGAGGCCCUGAAGGUCCAGUCCAAUAAAGAAAACGAGCAGAAUAGACCGGGUGGCCCGGGGCCCCAGCCUGCCGCCGAGGGAGCGGAGCCCGCCCCGUCUAAGAAUGAGGAACCCUCGAGCAACCACGUCCCCCUGGGCAAAGAUCAGGCGAAAGGCGGAAGCGACGCGGGCAUGCCCGGGAUCGAGGAGAAUGACCCUUCCAAAGCGGAAGACCUUCCCACCGCUCUCAAGAAGCCCCUUCUUUCUGCUCACCGGGAAGCCCAUCAGGUGAACGUGCAUCCGCCCACCGGACAGCCCCACCCCCAAAAAGCGGCUCCAGGUGGAAACUCUGACGAAAACCCCGCACCUCCGAAGCCCAUCCCUGCCAAUCCUCUGCAGCGUCUAAUUACCGGCCAAAACGGGGAGAAAGACGGCGAGCGCAGAGCUAACCCUGACCUGCUCAAGCCAGUGCCAAAAGAGAGAGUCGGUGACUUCCACAAGAUGAAGCAAAGCCGGUUCUUUGAUGAGAACGAGUCCCCCGUUGAUCCGCAGCGGGGCUCUAAAGUGGCGGAUUACAACGGGGACGAUGGGAACGUAGGUGAGUACGAGGCCGACAAGCAGGCCGAGCUGGCUUACAAUGAGGAAGAGGAUGGUGACGGUGGCGAAGAAGACAUCCAAGACGACGAGGAACGAGAACUUCAAAUGGACCCCGCGGACUACGGCAAGCAGCGCUUCAAUGACGUUCUGUGAAUCCCGCCGCCGAGGAAGACGGCAGGAAGCCCGAGCGCGACGACCACCGGACCCGCUCGGCUCCGGGGCUCCUUGGCUUUCGUCGCCAGAGUCGGUUGUCGAGAAAGAGGAAAAGCGGAUUUCUUCAGAAACAACAAGUGCGCCGAGAACUUUAGCAGAUGAAUGCAAGUGACACUUGGGAUCCCGUACACGUGUCCAUCCGUGAACUCUUGCGUCUUGCUUCAUCCCAACAGGAGCCGCUUUGGCUCCCUUUCAGCGAGCCAGUCUUAAGGAAAGCCAAACGGACACAUUUCAGAACUCAUUUGAGUCCGCCUCGAAUCUACAGACGGUUCAACUGGAGAAACGUUUCGGUUGUUUUUUCCCAGUUUGUAUGUCGUUGCCUAGAGCAGACCCACGGAGGGCACAGGGAUACGGUGACAUCCCGCCCCUUUUCCGAACUCACGAAUUCUCCGUUAGCCUGAGAUGUGUUUGGCCCCAGCGUCGUAGCUUCCGUUUGCCCCAAGCCGCUCGACCGGUGCCCCCCCCCCCCCCGGCUUAGGGUAGUCCCGGGGGCCUCCACAAGGACCCGCGGGGAUCAGCCAAACUGUGUGCGCGAGACCCCCCUGCCCCCGGCUCCCCGCCUUCCCUUCUCCUCUGCACACUUUUUUAACGUGGGUGCUGUUUUGUAUUUUGCAGAGAGUGGAGCUACCUGGAAGCACACAUGUGCCGUGUCUGUGAGUCGCACCUUAGUUCUCAAAAUGAAGGGCCGCCCGGUUAACUUAAUGUCCCAUAGCUCUCAUCCUCCAUCCCCCGCAACCCCAGCACCGGUUAACGUUGGCCACGUUUUCUAGAACCUCCAUGUUCGUGUCGGGGACAGUGGCCGGUCUGGUCCCGAGCGUUCACAUCGGGAUCGCCGAGUCCUCCUACCGGUGAGACUGACCCAGUGUUUUCCCAGCUCCCACCCGGAAGGUUAGGGCACUUCCCCGGCAUCCCGUUUAGUUGAGAGGUGGAGGAGCUGGGACACGGCAGUCGGGAUGUGAGGGGGUGUUCAGAGCAAUUCGAGGAGGAGUCUUCUCAAACCUUUUCGUUCCCAUCGGCCGGGAGGACUGCGGUACAUCCUUCGGGAUUUCUUCAUAGGCGACGCCCACCCCGCUCGCCCUUCUCCAGUACCCAAAUGUCCGCCCGCCUGAAAUGGACUGCAGCUCUCUGGCCAGCAUUUGAUCCGUCUGCUCUUGUGGCUUUCCUGUCUCAGAAGGUGGAGACUUUUAUGGGGACUCUGGUUUGAGGCAUUUUUGCAGAGUGGGCUGCGUCCCUUUGAGGGGGAUUUAAGGCUCUUGAUCCAAACUCGGUUCUGAAGGCUACGGUUGAGAGCACAAAAAAUAGGAUAUUUUCUCUUCUCAGGUUCAAGUCUGAAAUCAAAACUUACUUGGGAGGGAAUUGCUGGCAGCUUGUGGUUUUUCCCUCAGGCGGAGGUGGUGUGUCCCCACCUUAAGAGCUCUGCAGGAAGAGAAAAUCAUUUUUUAAAGGGGCCCCUGGGUCCCUCCUCAUCUCUCCCUCCGCUGCCCCACUUCCCCCCGCCCGGGUAUGAGCGGAUCGGCUCCCGGUGUCAUAGGUUCAGGUCCAGCCAAGGAGGUGAUUGUUGGAAAAAAACAUUUUGAGCCAUUUUAAAUUGGGGCGGGGAAUCGAAAAGGCUUCCGAUAAAGCCUAAGAACUGCCCCCUUCCCCUCCCCCUGCAAAAAAAAAUACCUUCUCAAAUUUCAACUUUGAUAAAAUAAAUCUGCUUGUGAGGUGAAACAGCCAUUUGGCCUUCGGCGUAGCCAUCACUUCUUGUCCCGGCAAGAGUUUUGCACGUAGCAGCCUGGGGUUCUUACAGACUUGGAGAUCUCAGACCAUUGGACAGAUCUCACCGCAUUCACCGCCCCCACCCCGCCUACAACUCUUAAAAUAUUCCCGUGCAUUCAUCUCAUCAAAUUUCUCCAUUCAGUAGUCUUUUAAUCUUGCUGGUUAUACACUCUAAAGUUUUACUUCUGCCUUAAGGUUUAAUUUUUUUUAUGUAGUUUUUGCCCUGAAAUAAGUGUUUAAUUUGAUGACUCUGCUAUUGAAACCCCAAGUUUAUUGGGUUCCAAAUUAAGGAUUAAUAAAAAAAAAAAACCUUGUUUAA